AUGAAACUAAUUCUGAUCUGUUUACUGGUCAGCUUUGUUCUGCUGCAAUAUGCGGAGCACAGUGAAGCCUGCUUGGAGAUAAUUGAGCAUGCCCUGGGUAUCCAGCCUUGCAAGGAAGGUGGUCGGAAGGACCGGACCACUAGGAAGUCCCUUCCUCAUUGCACAGAGAAAACUACUGAGAGAACCAAGCCAUCUUGCACUGAAAGGACUACUGAAAGGACUACUGAAAGGACCUCUCCACCUUGCGAAGAGAUGACUACUAAACGACCUAGUCCACCUUGCACUGAACGGACUACUGAAAAAAACCUCUGCACCUUGAACAGACAAGACUACUAG